AUGAUUGUGUCUUUUAGAGAUCAAGCUAAUCGACUUGUUAGGAUCAAUCAAGAGGAUAUUGUAGAAAUACCCAUUGUUGUAGUAAACGAACCUGUAGACAGACCAGACCAAACAGAGACACUGGGUGAAGAAUUAAAUCAACCCCGUACUCUCAAGUACUACAUGUACCCAACAAGGGAAAGCCAGCCUUCUUGUAUUGUCCUGCCAGCUGCUGUUGGCCAGUUUGAACUUAAGGAAAGUACCAUUAACAUGCUCCCUGUGUUUAGAGGGGUUAAUGCUGAAAACCUCUACCACCAUGUGAGAGAAUUUGAGGAAAUCUGUGGGACUCUGCGUUUCGACCAAAUGCCGGAAGAGUCCCUCAAACUGCGACUAUUUCCUUUCUCUUUGAAAGAAAAAGCCAAGUCUUGGAUGUAUGCCCUACAAACACAGUCCAUUAGAACAUGGGAUGAUCUUACGAAAGAAUUUUUCAAAAAUAUCUUCCCUAACCAUAAGACUGUGACAAUUCGUCAAAAUCUGAAUAGUUUUGUGCAAUUAGAGGGAGAGACUCUAGCAAAAUAUUUGGAGAGAUUCAAUGAAUUAUUGCUCCAAUGUCCUUACCAUGGUUUUAAAAAAUGUAAACUUGUGCAAAUUUUGUAUGAAGGUCUAGAUGUUGGUAACCGAACCACAGUUGAGUCAAUGUGCAAUGAUGCAUUUAUUGACAAGAGUGCUGAUGAGUCUUGGACUUUCUUAAUUGAAGUCGCUGAAAAGACUCAACAGUGGGAGUCCAUUCGUGAACCUAAAAAGACUGCCGCAAUAGCUAAUGUCCAUAUAGUUGAACCUGACUUUGAGGGAAAUGCAAAUAUUGAAUCUUUGGCUAGGAAAGCAGAAGUGUUAGAGCUGCAGAAGAAUGUGAAACCUAAUGCCCCUACUCUUCAUGACCAAAUUGAAACUGCCACUUGUGUCGCAUGCCAUAGUUCAGACCACCUAGUGGAUAGUUGUCUAGACCUACAAGCAUUUCACGAGUCUAGACUUGAACGAGCCAAUGCUUUAUAUCCCCAAGUAAAGUCACACACACAGUACCCUGUAGAGAAAAUGCCAAACUUUGAUGAUGGUGUAAACCAAAUGAAUCAAAAUCUUUUGCAAUAUCAGAAGUUAAAUGACCAAAGACUUGCAAGUUUAGAACUCAAACUGGUCCAAAUUUGUGAUGCACUUAAUGAGAGGGAAAAGGGUAAACUCCCUAGUAAGCCUCAACAAAAUCCUAAAAGUGCAUUUCAGGCGAGUACGUCUGCUUGCAAUGAGUCCUCACAUGAUCAGUUGAAUGCAGUCACCACUCUCCGAAGUGGUAGAGUUAUUAAAAAUAAUGUAGGCAUGCCACACACAGAUGGGUCUGAGUCAGACUCACCUUUCCACACUACUGCACAGAAAACACCUGCUGUAGAAAAUGAAUCUGAGCAUGUUGACAAAUCUAAAAGUUCUACUAAUGUGAAUGUUUCUUUGCCAUGUCAUGUGCCUGUUGCUCCAUUCCCGCAAAGGUUGGUGCAGAAAAAAGGGGGUAACCAGUACAACGAGAUACUGAAGAUGUUUAAACGAGUUAACAUAAACAUUCCAUUUCUCGAAGCAAUCAGGCAGAUACCCACAUAUGCUAAGUUUUUGAAAGAUCUUUGCACACAAAAGAGAAAGCUCCAUGUGCACAAACGUGCAAUUCUCACUGAGCAGGUAAGUUCCAUAAUUCAAAACAAGAUCCCAACUAAGUUUAAGGAUCCAGGUUGUCCAACAAUCACGUGCACCAUAGGCGACCAUGUGGUCGAAAAAGCUUUACUAGACUUGGGAACAAGUGUCAAUCUAUUGCCAUACUCUGUGUAUGUGCAUUUAGGACUUGGAGAGCUGAAACCCACCCCUGUUACGCUACAAUUAGCGGAAAGAUAUGUGAGAAUCCCUUGUGGUCGAAGAUGUGUUGAUCAAGGUUGA